UCCCCUCCAUUUCUUCGAUUUCUAACUUCGUUUUCCCAAAAAGAAUUCUACAUCUUCUCCUCCAACGAGGAAGCCCUGCCAACAAAUCAAAGGAGCUGCGAUCUGUUACCAGGGUUUCUCCAAAUGAUCAUGUUUUAUGCUUCUUCGUCUUCUUCAUGAUCACAAACAAGUUUUUGUAGAGAAAGAUUUCUCUUUUCUUGAACACAUUUUAGGGUUUUUAGGUUGAUUUUCAAAAUUGCUUGAAAAUGCCAGCUCACAGAUCAAAAUCGGAGAAGAACGAGGAAGAAAUUCAAUUAAGGAGAGACCCUUAUGAUGUUCUUGGUGUUUCUCGUAGCUCCACAGAUCAAGAAAUCAAAACCGCUUACCGUAAAUUAGCUUUGAAGUAUCAUCCAGACAAAAAUGCAAAUGACCCUAAAUCAGCUGAUAUGUUUAACGAGAUCACUUAUUCCUAUAAUAUAUUAUCCGAUCCAGACAAAAGACAACAGUAUGAUAGUGCUGGUUUUGAGGCUGUUGAAGCUGAAAAUCAAGAUUUGGAGCUCGAUCUUUCAAGUUUGGGAGCUAUGAACACCAUGUUUGCUGCAAUUUUUAGUAAACUUGGAGUUCCAAUAAAAACUAUUGUAUCAGCUACUGUGUUGGAGGAGGCAAUAAAUGGUUCAGUUCCUACACUUCCAUUAACUUUGGGGAAAUCUGUUUCUAGAAAGGUUGAAAAGCAAUGUGCGCAUUUCUAUUCUAUUAGGAUAACAGAGAAAGAAGCACAGGCUGGAAUAGUUUGUCGAGUGCAAUCAGCAGACAAGAGCAAGUUCAAGCUUUUGUAUUUUGAUCAAGACGAAAAUGGUGGAUUGUAUCUCGCUUUGCAGGAAGAUAGUGCAAAAAAAGGAAAACUGACAUCUGCUGGGAUGUAUUUCCUCGGUUUCCCAGUCUAUAAAUUGGAUCAACCAUCUAACACAAUGAUUAAAAGAGACCCAGAUGCUGCUUUCUUCAAAAAGCUCGAAGGAUUUCAGCCAUGUGAAAUUAGCGAAUUAAAAGCUGGAGUUCAUACAUUUGCUGUUUAUGGUGACAAUUUCUUUAAAAGUGCUAAUUACACAAUUGAAGUGCUUUGUGCGGGUUCUUUUGUUGAUGAAAAGGAGAAUCUUCGUGUUGUUGAAGCUCAGAUUUCUUCAAAAAGAACAGAAAUUUCUAAAUUUGAAAGUGAAUAUAAACAAGUUAUUGCACAAUUUACAGAGAUGACAAACAAAUAUGCACAAGAAAUGCAAACGAUUGAUGAGCUUCUUAAACAAAGAAACGAAAUACACGCAUCAUACACAGUUACCUCACAAACAAAGCGUAAUAGUAGCAGUAGAAGUAAGAAAAAGGUUGUUUUAAAAGAUGAAAAAAAAGCAUCCAUAAAAGAUGGAUCAAAGAAAAAAUGGUACAAUAUUCAAGUAAAGCUCGACAAGAGAAAACCCGGCUGACGUCAUCAAUCUUGUAAAGAUUUAGUCUUCUUGUUGAAAAUUACUACACAAAGAAAGAAAAGACUGGAGUUUAGCUUGGCCACAUCACCACGCAUGUUUCACUUGUACAAUUGGAUACGUAAUGUACAAGUGCUUAAUGCACAAAUUUGACGUUUUUGAUGGAGGGAUAUGUCUAGGUGGGGUAGGGUCUGUAUGUCUUGUUUUCUUCUUCUUUUUGGUAUAAACAGCAUGUAACUGUAUAUUGAACAAAGUAAAAUUCAAGUUAAACA